CUUGAUCAUUUGUAUUAUUAUCAAAAAGAAGAGUUAUUCCUCAAAUAUCAAUUUCAAUACAAGUAAUAUUCUUAUGAAAUCUAAGUCUCCUCUUAUCCUUCAGAUCUAAUUUCUAAAAUAAUUUCUUAUUUCCUAGGCUGUUGAUUUGCUAUUAUUUUAAACCUCCUCCCAAGUUCUGAUAAAAAUAAAAUAAUUGGCAUACUUAGUAAAUGGAGGAUAUAACUCAACAUAAACAAAUAAUUCAUUAAUCUUAUAAGCUAUUUAAGAGAUUUGGAAGGAAAAAAAGCCAGUCCAAAAAAUAAUAAUCGAGUUAGAGUUGAUGAGUCCAAUACAAUUAAAUAUUUUAGAAUGA